ACGAUUUCAGAAACCCUCCUCUCGCUGCAGAAGCGGGUCCCUCACGCCGCUCGUUCGCCCGCUGCUCGCUGAGGCUGAGCCGGCGGGUGGGGGGCGUGAGAUGGCGGCGGGCAGACGGCGCAGCGAGGAGGCGGUGUGAAGGAAGGGGGGGCAACGGGGCGGAGUUGGUAGGCUCCGGAGGGGCCGAGCGAGGAGCGCUGGCGCCGCGGCGGUCGGUUGGGAGCGGCGGCGCCUGAGGCGUGAGGAUCCCGCCGCCGCUCUGAGGGGAGCCCCCGCCGCCGCCCCCGGCCCGGCUCCCGCCGCGAUCGCAGAGCAGCAGGUGCAGGGCGGCCGCCUCACCACCACCGCCACCAUCACCACACGGGCGCCACCGCCCCGCGGCCAUGCCGGCGGUGCAGAAAACGGUGUCGGAGAUCCGCUCCCGCGCCGAGGGCUAUGAGAAGACAGAUGAUGUUUCAGAGAAAACUUCUCUAGCUGAUCAAGAAGAACUGAGAACUAUAUUCAUCAAUCAGCCCCAGUUAACCAAAUUCUGCAAUAACCAUGUCAGCACUGCAAAGUACAACAUAAUCACAUUCCUGCCAAGGUUCCUUUAUUCCCAGUUCAGAAGAGCUGCUAAUGCAUUUUUUCUUUUUAUUGCAUUACUUCAGCAAAUUCCAGAUGUAUCACCAACAGGCCGUUAUACAACAUUGGUCCCUCUUUUAUUUAUUUUAGCUGUAGCUGCAGUGAAGGAGAUAAUAGAAGAUAUUAAAAGGCAUAAAGCUGAUAAUGCGGUGAACAAGAAACAAACUCAAGUACUACGAAAUGGUGCAUGGGAGAUUGUCCACUGGGAGAAGGUAGAUGUUGGAGAUAUAGUUAUAAUAAAAGGCAAAGAGUAUAUACCUGCUGACACUGUACUGCUCUCAUCAAGUGAACCACAAGCUAUGUGCUACAUCGAAACAUCUAAUUUAGAUGGUGAGACAAACUUAAAAAUUCGACAGGGUUUGCCUCUAACAUCAGAUAUAAAGGACAUAGAAAGCUUGAUGAGACUUUCAGGCAGAAUUGAAUGUGAGAGCCCAAACCGACAUCUCUAUGACUUUGUUGGAAACAUCAGACUGGAUGGGCAUGGUACUGUUCCACUGGGAUCUGAUCAGAUUCUUCUACGAGGAGCUCAGUUGAGAAAUACUCAGUGGGUUCAUGGGAUAGUUGUCUACACAGGACAUGACACAAAACUCAUGCAGAAUUCAACAAGUCCACCUCUUAAAAUGUCUAAUGUGGAACGAAUUACAAAUAUUCAGAUUUUGAUUCUGUUCUGCAUCCUUAUCGCCAUGUCUUUGGUCUGCUCUAUUGGUUCAGCUAUAUGGAAUCGAAGGCACACUGAAAGAGACUGGUAUCUUGAUCUAAAUUAUGGUGGAGCGAGCAACUUUGGAUUGAAUUUCUUGACUUUUAUCAUUCUCUUCAAUAAUCUUAUUCCAAUCAGUUUGUUGGUUACACUUGAAGUUGUUAAAUUUAUCCAAGCAUAUUUCAUAAAUUGGGACAUAGACAUGCACUAUGAACCUACGGACACUGCUGCAAUGGCUCGCACAUCCAAUCUCAAUGAAGAACUUGGACAGGUCAAAUACAUAUUUUCUGACAAAACGGGUACCCUGACAUGCAAUGUCAUGCAGUUUAAAAAAUGUACUGUGGCAGGAGUUGCUUAUGGCCAUUGCCCUGAGCCUGACGACUAUAGUGUUCCUUCAGAUGAUUGGCAGGGUUCACAAAAUGGAGAAGAAAAGACAUUUAGUGACUCAUCACUAUUGGAGAAUCUGCAGAACAAUCAUCCAACUGCACCUAUAAUAUGUGAGUUUUUGACGAUGAUGGCAGUGUGUCAUACAGCAGUUCCAGAAAGAGAAGGUGAUAAGAUUGUAUAUCAAGCUGCAUCUCCAGAUGAAGGAGCAUUGGUCAGAGCAGCCAGGCAUCUUCAUUUUGUAUUCACUGGAAGGACACCUGACUCAGUAAUCAUAGAGUCUCUGGGACAAGAAGAGAGAUAUGAACUGCUAAACGUGCUGGAAUUUACAAGCUCUAGGAAGAGAAUGUCAGUGAUAGUUCGCACGCCAACAGGAAAGUUAAGACUCUACUGCAAAGGAGCUGAUACUGUAAUUUAUGACCGCCUUGCUGAAAGUUCAAAAUACAAAGAAAUCACCUUAAAACAUCUAGAGCAGUUUGCUACAGAAGGCUUAAGAACCCUGUGUUUUGCUGUAGCUGAGAUUUCAGAAAGUGAUUAUCAAGAAUGGUUAGAUGUCUAUCACCGGGCUUCUACAGCUAUACAGAACAGAGCGCUCAAACUUGAGGAGAGCUAUGAACUAAUUGAAAAAAAUCUUCAGCUACUUGGAGCAACAGCAAUUGAAGAUAAACUACAAGACAAAGUGCCUGAGACCAUAGAGACACUCAUGAAAGCCGACAUAAAAAUUUGGAUACUUACUGGGGACAAACAAGAGACUGCCAUUAACAUCGGUCACUCCUGUAAACUUUUGAGAAAGAACAUGGGACUAAUUGUUAUAAAUGAAGGCUCUCUUGACGGAACAAGAGAGACGCUUAGCCAUCAUUGCAGUACUCUUGGAGAUGCUUUAAGGAAGGAAAAUGAUUUUGCUCUCAUCAUUGACGGUAAAUCUCUGAAAUAUGCUUUGACAUUUGGAGUGAGACAGUAUUUCCUGGAUUUGGCUUUGUCAUGCAAAGCUGUUAUUUGUUGCAGGGUAUCUCCACUUCAAAAAUCUGAAGUUGUAGAAAUGGUCAAAAAACAAGUUAAGGUAGUAACUCUAGCAAUUGGUGAUGGAGCAAAUGAUGUUAGUAUGAUACAGACAGCACAUGUUGGUGUUGGUAUUAGUGGAAAUGAAGGUCUACAGGCUGCUAAUUCUUCAGACUACUCAAUUGCUCAGUUCAAGUAUUUGAAGAACUUGUUGUUGGUUCACGGUGCCUGGAAUUAUAACAGAGUAGCUAAAUGCAUCUUGUAUUGUUUCUACAAGAACAUAGUCCUUUAUAUCAUUGAGAUCUGGUUUGCUUUUGUCAACGGCUUUUCUGGACAAAUUCUUUUUGAAAGAUGGUGUAUAGGUCUUUACAAUGUGAUGUUUACAGCAAUGCCUCCACUAACUCUUGGAAUAUUUGAGAGAUCUUGCCGGAAAGAAAACAUGCUGAAAUAUCCCGAGUUAUAUAAGACUUCCCAAAAUGCACUGGACUUUAAUACCAAGGUUUUCUGGGUUCAUUGUUUAAAUGGCCUCUUCCACUCAUUCAUUCUGUUUUGGUUUCCACUAAAAGCCCUCCAGCAUGGUACUGUAUUUGGCAACGGUAAAACUUCAGAUUAUCUGCUUUUGGGAAACACCGUUUAUACUUUUGUGGUUCUAACUGUGUGUUUGAAGGCGGGAUUAGAGACCUCAUAUUGGACUUUGUUCAGCCAUAUAGCUAUCUGGGGCAGCAUAGCACUUUGGAUAGUGUUUUUUGGAAUCUACUCUUCUUUGUGGCCAGUCAUUCCUAUGGCACCUGAUAUGUCAGGAGAGGCAGCUAUGAUGUUCAGCUCUGGAGUAUUUUGGAUGGGACUUUUAUGUAUUCCUAUGACAGCUUUACUUUUUGAUGUAGUAUACAAAGUAGUAAAAAGAGCUACUUUUAAGACACUGGUAGAUGAAGUUCAGGAGCUGGAAGCAAAGUCUGAGGAUCCUGGGGCAGUUGUGCAUGGCAAGAGCUUAACUGAAAGAGCCCAACUACUGAAGAAUGUUUUUAAGAAGAACCACGUGAACUUGUAUCGCUCUGAUUCGCUGCAGCAAAAUUUGCUUCAUGGCUACGCUUUCUCUCAAGAUGAAAAUGGAAUAGUUUCCCAGUCCGAAGUAAUAAGAGCAUAUGAUACCACAAAACAAAGGCCUGAGGAAUGGUGAAGGAACACAGCUCAAGAUUUAGGCCUCAUAAGUUACUUCUGUGAGACAGACUACUAGAUCUUUGCUGGGAGCUACAACCAUGGCCCAGUCAUCAGAGAUUUUAAGAUCUAUGAUGAUCUUAUUCCAUAAAGUUUGGAUUUGUGUAUUCAGUAGACAUAAGCACUGUGCAACUAUACUGUAACACACCAUCUCUAAAUUUUUUAACAAGUAUUUGCUUAGCCUUUGUAAGCAGAUUGGAAUUUACCUUGUAUCUUGCCAGCUUGCUUAUUUUACAAUGAAGUUGAAUCAAUACUGGUCAUAUACUUGGAAGGUAAUGGUCAGAUUGCUAAACAUGCUUUACAUUGACAGACCAUUAUCAUCUGUGGAAGUUUUUAAGUGGUAAUAUAUUUAAAUACAGUUGAUAACAAGCCUUUCAUUUCAACAAGUGCUGAAAAAAUAGUAUCUUAAUGGUGUUCACUCACCUUCUUUACGAAAGAUUUUGAGUCAAGAUGUUUAUAGAUAUUUGUGUCAAACUAGCCUACAAACGUUUGCCAAAGAAGUUCCGUAAAUGUUUUCUGUUGUCAGAAAUAAUUUGAAAGGAAACGAACUCCAGUCCUGAUUUCAGAACUGCAUGCUUGAGUCUCUGCACUCAAGAAGAAAGAUUUACUGUGCAGUGAGUCUAAUUUGUGUGGCCUUGAUGGCAUUUGCUUUCAAAACUGCAAGUAUUGCACCCUUGGCCUUAUAGAAUCUUUUCCCUUAUUUUCAUUUAAUAGUGCAUAUGUUGAAAAUGGAUACCACCUUGUAAAAUUGAGUGCACAUUAUUUUUGUUCAAAUUUUAAAGAAUUGCUCUGCCUUACUUCCCUUCAUCAAACUUGAAUUAUUUUUGCAAUGCUUAGAUUUGGUAAUUGUAUCUGCUUAUACUGUAAGUUCAAAAGAAAGUUUGUUUUAAUUUACUUUUUAAACUUAAUUACAUUUUCAACAUUUUUAUACUAAAGUAUUGCAUAUAUUGAAACACAGAGCAAACCAUGCCCUUCAGUAGUGUGAUAUGUACUGUUUUAUUUGCACUGAAGUCACUUCCUAUGAAGAUGUGAAAUACAUUGCAGCAGCCUCUUUAGAACUUAAUGGUCAAGCAGAAUACCUAUACACUCACCUUUAAUUAAAAAGAGAAGGAUAGUGACUGCAGCAAAAGAUACUUAUGUUUUUUAUUUAAAAAAAAAGGGGGGGGGGUAAAUUAAAAGUCGCUUACUAGGAAAAUUGUGAUGAUAAUGUUUUUAAGUAGUAAAAGUUGGUAUUUCUCAGCUUACCACCCAAUGGCCACCAGGUUUCAAAUAAGAGAAAGCUACUUUUUAAUUUGAGAAAUUAGUUAAAUCUUGUAGCUUUUUAGUCCAUGUUUAAUUCUGAUUUUAAAAGCCACCGUAAUUGCAUCUAGAAUACAUUAUUCUGUAGUAACAGAUGCUUUUAUUUUUAAUUAAAUUUCAGUGUAUUAUGUAGAAAUCACAGUUUUUUCCUUGAAUGGAGAUCAGCUAGAUGGAAAAGCAGAACAGUGACAUCCUUAGUGAUCUGCUAGAUGAAGAUUUUCCUCUUUGCUCUCCAACUCAUCCAGUUUCAACUUAAAAGUAACAGGUCCUACAUUCACAUCUUUUCUGAACCUUCCUUGAUCAGUCUUACUAAUUUUUAUAAAACCAUUUACUAAAGGUGAUUUUAGCUCUUUGCCUUUCAUCUAACUAAACACUUGACAUGUAAUGUUAUUACACCGUCCAACUUUCUUGUGCUCCAUUCUAGGAGAAGCUUACAAAUAUACAUGAAAACCCCAACAAAAGACACUAUAUGAAAGUACAUAUUUAGGAAGGCAUAUCAAUGGGAAGGCAGUCUGCAUUUCAUAUGCAUGUUAUGCAAUGUCUUCCUCUCGCUUUCCCGGAGUGAUCUCUAAACAGAAGUGAAAACAGAAGACAGGGACAAAGGGGACGUAUCCCACUAGAAACAGUACUGCCAGUCAGUCAUGCAGACAAGAACUGCCUUCAGAAAAGCCAUUUCAGGCAUAGAUAAAUAGAUGGAUCAAUAUGGGAGGGGCAAAUCACUUGACCUAAGGCAAGAAAAAAUUUGGGGGCAUGGCCCUUUCCUAAAAUGGGGUUCCCUAUUUUCUGUCAUCGAAGGGACAAUGACCAACUUCAAAACAUUUCUGAAAUUAACCAUGACACUGUUGUUCUUUUGUAAUCUUUCAGUGUACUUAACUCAUAAAAUGGUCCAAUCCACACAUACUGACUAAUUUUUAUAUUAUUUUUCUGUUCUAAAUGAUUUAUUUACUGAUUUUGCAGAAAUUACAUGAGGACUAGAAAUCCAUUGCAAUGUAUUGUGACAAAGUUACAGGAAUGCACAUUAUUUAAAAAAAAAAAAAAAAAAAAGCAUCUCCCAGUUGUAAAAGUUUGUUGAAAAUGACACUAUAUAUAUUAAAAAGGAAAACAGUUCUAACUUAGAUGGUGAUUAUUUUUUUUAAGGUAGUGUAAACUUAUCACAAUGUUUCAUCCUUACGUCUUUAUAGAAUUGAAAGUAGUAUUUCACAAAGUACAGUUUUCAUUUUUAUUUUUUGUUUUUUUCCCCUUGUCUCUAUACUUUUUCCACAAGCCAUAUGUUAUUUAUUGUCUGGUGAUUAGUGAUAGGAAGAUACUGCUUCAUGGAAAUAGUAAAAAGACAAUGUGGCAAUUCUAACCAUGUUUUUUGAUUUUUGUAAACAACUUAAUUUUUUCAUUUUUGUAAGCAACUUAAUUUUAAAACAUAAGAUCAUCCUAGCUGUGUGUGCACAUUUUUUAAAUCAGGUCAGGUAUACAAUAUGCACUUUAUUUUCUUGUUAAGUACACAGUAAUAUAAUCUAUUAUGAUCUGGUUCAUACAUCAUAUCUUUGUUAAAGUAAGGGGAUUGUGCAGAUGUUUAUUGAAAGAAAAAACAGUUUAGGCAAAAAUACUUAUAAGAAUGCAUUUGUUCUUAUUGUUUAAAAAUUCGAAUUUGUAUUGAAUACAGAAUUCACGUGGAAUUUUCCAUCUGUUUCAUGUGCACUGUGUAAUUACAAGUUAGUAUUAAAAAUUAAACAUCAAAAAGUUGAAGCAGUGCCACUUAGAAAUCAGAUACCGUAUAAAUACUGUUGCUUAAUUAUUUUUAAAUAUAUAUAUAUAUAUAUAUAUAUGUAUGAGUGAUUCAAAAGAGUAACAGGAAACAAUUUUAACAAACCUAUUGAUAAUUUGUAUUUGGAAAAUUUUCUUGCCAAUUCCUAAUUUUACACUUAUUUUUGCAAGGCAGUUUCAACAGAUUUAUACUUGAACAUCAUUCUAUUUGUAUAAAAUAAAUAAAGUAUUUUGAAACACUGAGAGUUAGCUGAAGAUUCCUAUAUGUCAACAUACAUCCAUAAAAUUCCCUAUGUUACAAGGAUGUGUUUAAAGUGUCUUAGGACAUUUUCAUUAUUUUGAAAUCCAUCUGGAAUGAUUAGUAAUUUGGAGUACGUGUUAAAUUUAAGGAGAGAUGUUGUUUCCCUUUUUUCUUCCAUGUUGCGUAAAAGCACUUGUAGUUCUGAUGAAUUUAUCAUUCUGUCUGCAUGAGGUGAUAUUUUUCAGUGUUCGGAGGCAAUGCAUGGUUGUUGCUCUUCCUGUUUUUUAAUGCCUUUGUUAAAAGUCUUCUCAUAAUAUAGCCAGAAGCUAGCGCUCUGUAAGCAAAUGAGUUUGUCAAUUCAACUUUCUUGGUACUGGAUGUUUUCAUUGGUAGCAAAACUCAACAAAUGAGUUUCUCCUUCCCCCCUCUGCCCUCACUCCCCCAGUUUGUUCGCUGUUAACCAAUAGAUCUUCAUUAAACAAAGGAAUAUUUUAGCAUUCCAAACCUGGUUCCUGCUUAUGCAAACCGUUACUCACAUAGGCUUCAAUUGGACUGUUUGUAAGUAUAAGGACUGCUCAGCUGAGUAACGAUGUGCAAAGCCGGGCACUUUGGAGGGUUGGGACUUUUGGAAGGUUGGUUAAAUAAAAGCAUUUCCAUAUAUUGAGUGAUUUGUAACUGCAAAGCUGCAACCAGAAUCAUUUUUUUUAAACCAUAUUUUAUGGUGUUUCUUUAUUGUAGAAUAGAAGCCAUAAAUGCACUAACAUUGUUUUUUCUACGUCAACUUAAUUUUUCAUUAAGAUUUUCAGUGUUUGAUAUGUAUGAACCGCUGCAGAAAGCAGUCACUAUGUACAAGCAAAAUUUGCAUUCAAGGUAAAGUGAGGUUUUACAGCCCCACUAAGCCAUUACUGCUGAAACUGUUGUGGAAAUUAUGAAGCUGCAUGAAUGAAGACUUUUUGAGUCGGUGUUUAUGGUAGUUUCUCAGGUUUAGUUUUAACUGGAUGUUAAAUGCACUGUGUUUUAUAAGUAGUUAUUCUCUCUUAGUAACACAUUCAGUUCUAUGCAGUGUUACAUGUCAUUUGGCAUUUGGUGAAUGUGCAUGUUUUGAACUGCAAAUUUUAAAUGUUUUGUCUUUUAAUUGUUAAAAAAAAAAAAUGAAUAAACUUUGCCAUUAAAC